UAGUUAUUUGUUUCUCAGAGAGGGAGAGAGAGGGAGAUCUAACGCACAACAGAGCUUAGCGGAGCAGUAGCCAUGGCGUCUCCAGAUCGUCUGUUCAGCCUUCGCAACAACUUUUACUUGGGGGCUUACCAGGCCGCCAUUAAUAAUAGCGACGUUCCCAAUCUCUCUCCAGAAGAUGCUGUCGAGAGAGACUGCCUUGUUUAUAGAUCUUACAUUGCCCUCGGAAGCUAUCAGCUUGUGGUUAACGAAAUCGAUUCUUCGGCUCCCACGCCUCUCCAGGCUGUCAAAUUGCUUGCCCUUUAUCUAUCUGGUCCAGAAAAUAAGGAAUCUUCAAUUUCGGGUCUCCAAGAGUGGUUACAGGAUCCAGCCGUUGGAAGCAACCCUGUUUUACGGCUGAUUGCAGGGAUCAUUUACAUGCAUGAGCAGGAUUACAAUGAGGCUCUUAAGCUUACCAACGCUGGUGGAACUAUGGAACUGCAUGCACUGAAUGUUCAAAUUUUUCUUAAGAUGCAUAGAUCAGAUCAUGCAGAGAAGCAGCUAAAGAUUAUGCAACAAAUUGAUGAGGACCACACUCUAACCCAACUGGCAAAUGCAUGGCUAAAUUUGGCAGUGGGUGGUUCCAAGAUACAAGAAGCAUACCUGAUCUUCCAAGAUUUCUCUGAGAAGUUUCCAAUGACCACGUUGGUCCUGAAUGGCAAGGCUGUCUGUUGCAUGCACAUGGGACACUUUGAUGAAGCUGAAACCCUAUUGCUAGAAGCACUAAACAAGGAUGCAAAGGAUGCUGAAACUCUGGCCAACCUUUAUGUAUGCUGUCUUCACCUUGGCAAGCAAUCAUCUCGUUUUCUGAGCCAAUUGAAACUCUCACAUCCUGACCACUUGCUUGUCAAACGUAUGGUGUCCGCUGAAGAGAGCUUUGACAGAGCUGUUCAAACAAUUGCUUGAAGGUCUCGUGGGUCAGUUGAUAUCCUGCUGAGAGUUGAAUGAUCCCACUCUAUCCGAUAAAUUUUUUCUUUCUAAUUUCACAAUACUGUUUCUUUUCCUUUGGUGUGCAUGCUGUUGAAGUCGUAGUGGUAAUAGUGUUCCCCUCCCCCUUUUCUUUGUCUUUAUUAUUCUUAAUUGAAGUUCAGGUCAUCAUCAACUAUACUAGGGUUUGUAACCUGAUAUGAACAAUACAUGGAUUGAAUAGAGAAGAAUGAGUUCAAGGAUG